AUCAAAUUCAAACCUCGAAUGAAUCGAAUCAAUUAAUUUUUCAACAACAACAACAAUUUACUGUUCAACUUUUUCUUCGUUUUCUUCAAAAAUUAAUUAUGGAUUUAGCCAUAGCAAAAGAAAGUCAACAAGAACAUCUUCUAUCACCAGAAGCUAUUACUACUGCUAAUGUUUUACGUAAAAAAUCCAAUGAUUCUUUGGCAUCUGAAUCCAUUUAUUAUCUGGAUCCUUCGGAACAUUUUCGUCCUGAACAUAAAUCACCAGAAGAAUAUCGUAUUUAUACUAUUAAUCAGGAUGAUUAUAUCCAGAAACGUGUAUUUGACACAUAUCGUUUAAUGCAUACAAAUCAAACAUUAGAAUUUGCACGUAAUCGUUUACAUCAUUGGACACGUUUUGAUAAACUUAAAAUGACAAUAAUGGAUGCAUUGGAAAAUUUGAAUUGCCUAGUGGAUGAAUCCGAUCCUGAUGUUGAUCUACCAAAUAUUAUACAUGCAUUUCAAACAGCUGAACGUAUACGUGAAGCACAUCCGGAUCUGGAUUGGUUUCAUUUGACUGGAUUAAUACAUGACUUGGGUAAAUUAAUGGCUGUUUAUGGUGAACCACAAUGGGCUGUUGUUGGUGAUACAUUUCCAUUGGGUUGCCAGGUGGCUAAAUCCGUUGUAUAUGCUGAACAAACAUUCAUGGAUAAUCCAGAUACAACAAAUUCUGAUUAUAAUACAGAAUAUGGUAUCUAUCAACCAAAUUGUGGAUUGAAACAGGUUGUUAUGUCAUGGGGCCACGAUGAAUAUAUGUAUCAAGUAUUGAAAAAUCAUCCAGAUUGUUCAUUACCAGAACAAGCAUUCUACAUCAUACGUUUUCAUUCAUUCUAUCCAUGGCAUACUGGUGGCGAUUAUUAUCAUCUAUGUUCUAAACAUGAUCUACAUAUGUUACCUUGGAUCCGAGAAUUUAACAAAUUUGAUCUUUAUUCUAAAACACCGGAAAUACCAGACAUACCAAAAUUGGUUCCAUAUUAUCAAUCAUUGAUUGAUAAAUAUAUACCUGGAUUGGUUAGCUGGUGAAAGAAAAAAAAACAAACAAACAAACAAACAAUUGAAAUCCAUCCAUUCAUUCAUUCAAUCACAUCAUACAAUGAAAUUAUAAACGACGACCAUAUAUUAUUGAUUUAUAAUCAUUGAAAAUGGAAAAAAAACAUUGAUCUUUCUCAUACAUUUCUCAUCGUUAAACGACGUCAUUCCUUUAUAUAGAGCCUCUUAUGACAUUUUUGUUUUUGUUUUAUCAAUUACAUAAUUAUUCAACCUGUAUAUGCAACUACUUCGACAUUUGCCUAUUAUUAGACCACUGAAAAAAAUGCAUUAUUAAUAUAUUUUAUAUGUUUA